CUCAUAGAGACGGUGGAGGAGCCAGAGACGGUCUAUCUGGUGAUGGAGCUGUGUCAGGGGGGAACCCUCCAACAAGCAGUCAGGGAGCAAGGGCCGUUCAACGAGCCACAGGCAGCAACGGUGGUGGGGGCAGCAGCGGAGGCGCUGCUGCAGUGCCACUCCAACGGCAUCAUUCACCGCGACGUGAAGCCGGAUAAUAUCCUGCUGGGGGAGCGUUUGGACGUUUCUGGGGGAGGUGUACCUGGGGACGUCAAAAUCUGCGACUUUGGAAUUUCCACCUUCUUCCAGCCAGGCACGAGCUGCUCUGAGAUAGUGGGAACGGCCUCCUUCCUCUCCCCUGAAAUGCUCGCCCAGACCUACUCCUGCCCCACCGACAUCUGGAGCCUGGGGGUGCUGCUGCACCUGCUGCUCUCGGGAUUCCUCCCCUUCCGCGCGCCCACCAAAGAGGCCGUUUUCGAGGCGAUUCUGGACGGCAGACUGGAUUUCCGGGCGGCGCCGUGGCCGAUUGUGUCGCUAGCUGCCAAAGAUCUGGUGUCUAGGAUGCUGACCGUUGAUCCGGAUGAGCGAAUCACUGCAGAGGAGAUUCUCAGUGAGUGGUCGGGGGGGGUGGGGUUGGGGGGGGGGUGUUGGUAG